UUCCAUUGGCUGUGCCUUUAAGAGGCGGAGUCUCGUGAACGGAGCGGCCUCUUGUAUUUGAAUAUACAGUAGUUGAGCUUGCCUGCUUGGGUCGGAUGUUUUUUCGUCUUGUGAGCCGAGCACAGCUAGCCGGAGCUGAGCUUUUUAUAUCCGUCGGUAAUGCUCCACACCCGGCUCUAUAAGUUAACAUUUGAACGAUAUAUAGCGCUUUAGCUAGGAACCGAAGUCGUUUUUCUUCCUGCAUGUACGAACAACCGACCGGAGGAGCAGCUUUCCCCGUUCCCAAAACUAUGGACUUACACAUUUUGGACCACAGGCUUCGGGUCACCAGCAUAUCCAAGAAUGGUCUGGUCAGUUACACACACCCUCUUAUAAAAUUAAUAUUCCUCCGGAACAGGACGAGAUGUAAGUUUUUUAGCCUGACUGAAACGCCAGAAAACUACACAGUUGUCUUGGACGAAGAAGGAUUCAAAGAGCUGCAGCCCUCGGAGCACCUCCAGGUCGAAAGCUCCGUCUGGCUGCCGCUCAACGUGGUCUCCAACGGCAGCGUCUCCAGCAGCUCGCAGGCUGUCGGCGUGACCAAGAUCGCCAAGUCGGUCAUCGCCCCGCUGGCCCAGCAGCACGUCUCGGUCUUCAUGCUGUCCACUUAUCAGACUGACUUCAUCCUGGUGAGAGAAAAAGACCUGUCUGUGGUCAUCAGCACCCUGGAGGAGGAGUUCAACAUUUACAAGGAGGUGGAGGGAGAGUCGGUCCCUGUGCACUGUCAGGAUGUUUCCAACGGCCUCCAGAAGAACGGCAAAGAAGCCCUCCAGCCCACGGUUCAUCCGGUGCUGAUCCCUCAGAACCAGUUCUGUGUCAUGUCUCUGGACCCGGACACGCUGCCGUCCAUCGCCACCACACUCAUCGACGUCCUCUUUUAUUCCAACAGUCCUAAAGAAGACAGCCAGUUGUCUGCAAACCAGGAUUUGGACUGUAUUCAGUUUUUCUCCUUCUCCCUCAUCGACGGAUACAUCUCAUUGGUGAUGGACACUGAGGCUCAGAGACGUUUUCCUGCCGACCUUCUGUUCACCAGCUCCUCCGGGGAGCUGUGGAGGAUGGUUCGUAUAGGAGGGCAGCCACUGGGUUUUGAUGAGUGUGGUAUAGUGGCGCAGAUAUCCCAGCCACUCGCUGAAGGGGACAUUUCUGCCUAUUACAUAAGCACCUUCAGCUUCGACCAUGCUCUGGUUCCAGAGGAGGACAUCGUGAGCGUGACGGACAUGCUCCAUCACCAGAGGAAAGAAGCAGCUGCCAGCUGAUUUCUAAACUGGACGGUCCUGCCUCUCUCUGUCCCCACCCCACCCUCGCUUCAGAUUCUCUGGGACGGGGGUUGCAGGCUAGCAGGAAAAGAGGCUAACUUUGUGCCUAGUUCAGCUCUGCUUAACCAACAGUAUUAACCAUUACAGGUUUGCCAUGAACACCAGAUGAGCUUCUCUCCAGUGUGUGUGCACAGUUUGUUCUUAUACAGACCCUCUGGGCGCCAUACAAGCACACAUUUAUGCAUUUCAUUGUGGAUAAUUAUUUUUAUAUCUAUAUCAAGACAAAAAAUGCACUUACCAAUUCAGAUUAACAAGUAGGACUUCAUGUAUACUAAACUGUUUAGGUUAGAGUUGAGACUUAUCUGCGAUGUAUAUUUAGAGUUGUUUUAUUUUUGCUCAUUGUAGCUUACCCAAAAAUAUGUAUCAUGAGUACUAAAAACAAAAAAAUCACAAUUUUUGUCUUCCAAUAAUGUUCAUAUCAUAAAAUGGCCUUAACUAAUGAGACAAAUGCUGGGAUUUUAUUUUAAUUGAGAACAACCGUUGUCCCCUUUAAUACAUUUUACACCUGGCUUUAUUUGUAAUAAAAUCUAAUCAGUACUUUGAUCUGAAUUCAGCUUUGUAAAUGAGGAAACGUAGUAAAAGGAGGAAAAAAUUAAAUGUUUUUGUCUUGUUACAACAUACCCUCAACAAGAGCUGACACAACAAUGACAAAGCAAAUAAUUUCGAUGAUUCUUUUGGCAAUAAAUCAGUCAUUUCCUGGAAAAUUGUGAUUAAAAAUUGACUUUACUUUGGGAGUGUGGGUUGUUCUGAGAGUGUGUGUCAUGCCCUCCUCGGCCGCCCCAGCUUUUUAUUUUAUUUUUUUAGUAUUUUAAACAAUUCUACAUAAAUAUGCAUGAGAAAAUUUUGAGAAUUGCAGCAUUUUUCUCAUUGUUAAGCCAACACUCCUACAGUGUUGUAUGCAACAGCUGGCUUUUUUUUUAAGUUUUUUUUUUGUUUGUUUGUUUAAACCCAAGUGUGUGAGAGCUUUAGUUUUACACUAAAUUUCAUUUAAACAGAAAUAUUAAGAUUUAUUUUUAACAUCAGCUCACUUGAUGUUUGAAAAGAAUGUGCAUAAUAUUUUUCUAAU